CGGCGGCGGCGGGGGCGGCGGCGGCGGCGGCGGCGGCGGCGGGGGUAGGGAGCCUGGAAACGCGAGCGGGGAUGGUAGGUGUUUUGGACCCGCCGGGCCGCCGUCGUUUCCAGAAAGGGUUUGACUGGAGGAACCUCUGGAGCAGCUAUGUUGAUACCAGUGAACCAGGAUCAAUUCUCCCUAAAUGUUGGAACAGUGUUCUGAAGCUCUCUGCACAAUGGACCAGGGUGUUUUAUUGAUUAAGGAAGAAGCAGGAAGAAGACCCUCAAAGAACCUUAGAAUAUCUGGCAUGAUAGUUUUUCAAACUGGGCUAUGCGGAGCCCUCUCAGGGGUCAUUUCUGGAGUAUGCCCCCUCAUCUCGCUGUCUUCCUUCCACUUCACUGCCCCCCCACCAUGCUUCACUCUGCAGAAGGUGGACAAUGGGACACACCCCGAUACAAUGUGAUUGCAGUAACUACAGGAAUGAUUCUGGUCUUCAUUUUAAACCUGUACACUCAGAACAUACCCUUAGAAUUCCUUUUGAAGAUAACUCUGAAUUUAUCCAAGCACUAUUUGGAGAAAGCUAAAGUUCUUUAGGUUGGCUGGCUCCUCUGGCUGAUGGCAUGUUGAGGCACGUGGGCCAGUGGCAACAAGGGCAUCCAAUCCAGAGGGGGCCACUCUAGAGGCCAGGCCACCAGCAUCAUGGGCCAGUGUGUCACCAAGUGCAAGAAUCCCUCAUCAACUCUGGGUAGCAAGAAUGGAGACCGUGACCCCAGCAGCAAGUCACACGGGAGGCGGGGUGCAGGCCACCGUGAGGAACAGCUGCCAGCCUGUGGCAAGCCAGGUGGGGAUAUCCUUGUCAAUGGGACUAAGAAGGCAGAGGCUGCUACUGAGACCUGCCAGCUGCCAGCAUCCUCAGGAGAUGCCGGGAGGGAGCCCAAGUCAAAUGCCGAGGAGUCUUCCUUGCAGAGGUUGGAAGAACUGUUCAGGCGCUAUAAGGAUGAGCGGGAGGAUGCAAUUUUGGAGGAAGGCAUGGAGCGCUUUUGCAAUGACCUAUGUGUGGACCCCACGGAAUUUCGAGUGCUGCUCUUGGCUUGGAAGUUCCAGGCUGCUACCAUGUGCAAAUUCACCAGGAAGGAGUUUUUUGAUGGCUGCAAAGCAAUAAGUGCAGACAGCAUUGAUGGGAUCUGUGCACGGUUCCCUAGCCUCUUAACAGAAGCCAAACAAGAGGAUAAAUUCAAGGAUCUCUACCGGUUUACAUUUCAGUUCGGCCUGGACUCUGAAGAAGGGCAGCGGUCACUGCAUCGGGAAAUAGCCAUUGCCCUGUGGAAACUAGUCUUUACCCAGAACAAUCCUCCAGUAUUGGACCAGUGGCUAAACUUCCUAACAGAGAACCCCUCGGGGAUCAAGGGCAUCUCCAGGGACACUUGGAACAUGUUCCUUAACUUCACUCAGGUGAUUGGCCCUGACCUCAGCAACUACAGUGAGGAUGAGGCCUGGCCAAGUCUCUUUGAUACCUUUGUGGAGUGGGAGAUGGAGCGAAGGAAAAGAGAAGGGGAAGGGAGAGGUGCACUCAGCUCAGGGCCCGAGGGCUUAUGUCCCGAGGAGCAGACUUAGUGGCUCUGUCUCAGGAGCAGCAGCAAGGAUCUGCCCGCUGCCCUGCAGCCAACCAAGGAAUUGGACCUUUCUGGAAAUUACUGAAGAUCCGGAUAUUUUCUACUUUACACCUUUCUCUGCCUUGUAUCUGAAAGGGCUCUAAAAUGCUGUAUCAUGUUUUAGGCACUUUCUUCACUUUUUGGUUAUUUUGGUUAUUUCUUUUUUGGGGGGAGGGUCCCCCAAAAUAUUUGAACCUGGCUACAUGUUGUGUAUCUUUUUUUUUUUGUUUUUGAAGCCUUCAGAUAGAAUAAGCCUGCCACUUCUUGCACAAAUUAGAUUUUGGGGGGUGGGGGUGGGGGAGGGUGUAGAGCAGGGAGGGGGGAAUGGGACAGUUAGGUUGAAUUAUCAUUACAAAACGAUACAGUGCCAGAUCUCAGUUUUGCAUAUUCUUGUUUUUCAGGGCAGGUCUGUACUGUGUGUAGUGCUGUUUACAUCGUUGAAUUUAGGUUGUAAUAAUUAUUUUUAAAGAUUUACACAGAGUUGAAUAGCAGUGUUAAUUGUUAACCACAUUGCAUUAAUUCCCAGGCGAUUUAAAGCUCUUGGAGAGCCAAGGCCAGCCAAGAGCAUUUGUAGUCUGGUGACAACCCCCUUUUAAGCUAAUUUAUCUGGAACCCUUAUUUUCCUCACUUCUUGCUCAUUCCUUCUUUGACCUAUUGCAUUUCAUGUUGAGUUUAUCCAUCAACAUGCUGCACCUGUCAGUCAAGUGAGCGGUUUUUUUUUAGAACACAUUGUACUGAGAACCACUUAAGCAUUGAAUGCAGAGAAAGCAGUGCUACCUCAGUUUUGCUGGAAGUAGACUUUGAUAGUUUUCUUUCUUUGAUGAACUUUCUGUAUUUUCACGUUGUAAGUGGAAAUACUUUUUUUUUUCAUUUGCCUUGGAGCCAAAGUUUCUGUUCCUGGUGGUCAGAAAACUGUGCCUGCCGGCCAGCUGACUUGAAGGAAAACUGUGGUAUGGAGCUCUGCUUGAAUUUUUUUUUUUUUUUUUUUUUUUUUUAAUUGAGUAUCAUCAGCUUACUUGUCUGGCAAGUGCAGAAGCCUGGGCUGGCUUGAACUCUGCCAAACAAAUAUAAAAAUGUAUUUAAUAGUUAAAACGUGUGCCCUUUCCCUUCUUGCUGCACCCAUGUUGUCACUUAACCCCCAGAAGUUAUUUAUUUUCUUCUUUGUUAAUGUCAGGCUCAUUUGGGGUAAUGUGAUGACUGUUUAGGUUUACAUGACCCACCUCUCCUUUUCCUACCCCCAAAUAUGUAUAUAUACAUAUAUAAGAUAUGUAUAUAUUUUACCUAUAUAAAAUAUAUAUAUAUACACAUAUAUGUAUCUAUAUUUCUUUGUUUCUUUGCCUGCUAAAACUGGCUAUAAAAGGGAGCCUUCAAUAUAUAUAGUAUAAGAAGAGUGCCAGGGAACAUCAUAAUGGAGGCUUUUGAAUCAGAAUUUGGACCAGUUUCAUUAGAGAAGAUUAAUUUUCUCAGCCUUUUCCUCACAAGAGGGAGUCCCAGAGUUCCCCAGACUCCUCCGCGUGCUCGCUCCGUAAGGCCAGCUUUGGCCAAACUGCCACACAGGAGCUGACUCUGGUCCUACCUGGUUUCAGUAGAGGGUCCUCUUGUUAUUUUUCCAUUAAAAAAAAAAAUGUCCUCCUAGAACUGUACUGGAAGGGUGGGUGGCAGAAACUUGUACUGUUCAGCUUCCAACACUUUGGAACAGAUUGAAAAGGGAAUCUUUUAAAUAAAAAAAUAUUUACACUCUUGAGGUAAUGAAGAGUUUGUCUAUUAAACAUUUGGAGUUUUCUCCCCCAACUGACCCCCAUCUCCCUCCCAGGUAUAUGUUUCUCAGCCUGGGCAGGAAUCAGUUAUUUUGAGUUCCUUCAUUAGUAGCCUAUGGCUCUGGGCUCCCAUAUUUACAAAAAUGAUUUAAGGAGUUUCUGCAGUCGAUGUUUUUCUAAAAUUGGUAUUGACAAUAGGGAACAUACUUGAAGUUACAUUUUCUUUUUUGAAUCCUAACCCUGACAGUUGCCCCUUCUUAGAGGGAUGGAUGGGAAACUUUAAAGUCAGCCACAGUAGGUUGGCAAUACUGCUGGAAAGCUGACGAGGGUCCCAGUCCAGAUGCCGGGCUUUGUUCUAGCCUAAGACACAAGAUCCUUGUAUAAAGAGUUUCUAGAGGUCCUAGCAGGUUCUGUGGCUCAACUGUAGUCAGGGCACCUAGACUGGGGUGUUAACAAGACUGCCUUUUCAUCCAGUGUGCAACCCCCCGUUUUUCCCAAUUCUGGAUUGGGUAGAGGUUGAAUAAGGGUAAAGGCAGGCUGCUCCUAGCCAGGUAAGGCUUUUUCUGUCUCAGAUCAGAAGGGUGUAUGGAGAGAAGGGCACAAAACAGGUAGAUGCUGAAUAUCCUGAGGACUCUGGAGGAACUGGAUUCUUUCCCCAGCCUAUACAAGGCAUGAUUCCAUGCAUUAGGUGUGCUACGAUGGGUGUUUUUUUGUUUUUUGUUUCAAUUCAGCUCUUCAGCUUCAACAAAAGAACCAUUAAAAAAAAUUAUUUGGAAAAAAAAAAUUAUUUGGGGUUAUAUAUUUAAUGGUCUAUUUGUUACAAAAAUGCAAAUUAGAAGCCUGAAAAGGGAAUGGUCACGGGGGGAGUUUCCUUCCAGGUUUGAGUCCUUAAUGCAAGGAAUUCAAGCUUCUGCAGUAGCCUGGGCCAGUGCUUAACUUUCUCAUGAAGAGCAGUUUUCUGCAAAGGGAUCCAAGGUAGUGUGUGUAGGGUUUGCAGUUGCACUUGUGCGAAAUGAAAGGUCCUGUUCCUCUUCACCUAGAGAUAGGUUUGCUGCUUAAUGAGCGAGCAAUAAUUGUGUUGAAGAGGUCAAUGCAUGCUCCUCAAGUAAGCCAGUGCACCCUUCACUUUAACAAUAUGACACCAGAGUGGGGUGGUGGUGUGGAGAGGGGCAGGAUGUGGAUGCCAUUUUGAAAAUAGGCAAAUAUCAGAGUGGCUACAACAAACUGAAUAUGUUGGGAAAUUGCUUGAUUUUUGGCAGUGGUUUUGUGUGUGAGCUUCUGUGGUAUUUCUUUAGCAAUUGAUUAGAAAGCUGUAUGAGAUAAAGUGUGCUUCAUUGAAUUGCUCUUCCCUUAUCCCUGCCAAAUUUGAGUGUAUCAUUCUUAGCCCUGCCUCCUGUAAUGACACUUUGCUAUGCGCUUCAGCUAGUUGCCUCAGCAGUUCUCCCUGCCAGAUGUGCUCACAUGUGUGAGUUGGGUCCAAGAUCCCAUUUCUAUCCUUCUGAUAAGAAAAAAAAUCUAGAGCUGGGUAAAGAUCCAAAUUUCAACCGAGCCCUCAGGCCCAAGAAAAUCCAAUAGAAAACAUACAAGGCAGUGUUUUCAAUAUUAAACUUCCCUAAGGAAGGCACAAACUAGCCUUCUUGGAAAGGAAGAAAGAUUAAGCCACACAUUAUUUUUGGUCUUUUAAACAGUACGGAUCUCCCAAGGACUGGUGGCAAAAUUCAGUCCUCAGUGCUGGAGCCCGCAGGGUGUGGGACUCCACAGUUCACGUGAUGGCGUCAUAUACUAUACCAUGCCAAAUUUAAACAACGGUAGGAAAUUACUGGGAUAAGGACCUGGUGUAAGUUUAAAAAACAAAACAGAAGAUCUGUAUUUAGGACUGUGUUUGGUUUGCCGCAUUUAAAGUAAAGUCUUCAGUGCAGUGAAGCCCAAAGGUAGACCCAAUUACACAAUUGUAAGGGCUGGAAGAAAGCUGCUGUUUUGCUGUAGUAGCCCGCUUUGCCAUUUCUGUCUUAUGUUUGUUUGGUUAGUGAUGACCUGAACAUCUUGGUAGUUGACAAGGUCUUCCUUGGGGGACUCCAGCAGUAUCUUGUUUAAAGAAGAUGGACUAAAAGGACUAUUAAGUCAUUAAAGUGUUAAUUGGGACUCAUUUGAGAACACGUGACAUUGAUCUUCCUCUUAAUGCACAGUCUGUUUUCUGAUUCACAUAGAGGGGUUCCCACCCACUUCCCCUUCAGAGUUUAGUCCUUUGCUAAGCUAUAAUUAUAGCAUAUAUCCAGGUUCACCUUUACUGGCACUGCCUUACAGUGAGGAUCUGCAGGUGUUUUUCCUCAUUGAAAGACAAAAUUGAGUAACCAUCAGAUUCUGCUUCUGAUUCAGGUGCUAGGGCAUCACAUCCUCCUCCCUAUUUCUCUUCUUGGAAACUGAGCCUGCUCUUCCACCACCCACCUUCCCUAGUAGAAACUUUCAACACAAAUCUUGGAUAUUGCCAAAGGAAGCCAUUCAGCAGCUGCUGUGGUUUUAUUCCCAACACACAUUUAUUCUGGGAGAAGUGUCUUCCCUCUGACCCUGGUCCCAGCCCACUGAGUCUGUUAUUAAUUGCUCUUACCUGUUGCACUAAUGAAUAUGAUUCUAGGUUUCAAAGGGGGAAUUUGAAGCAAUAGGCAAAUGGGGCUUGGAUAAAUUGGUCCUACAAAUAAGAUACCCUGCCUUAACCCGCUGAGGUGAUGAGUCCACUACUCAUGUGACCCUCCACCUUUGUGGAUUCCUCUUGGUUUGUGACCAGUGUGUCUGUUUCUUGAAGCUGUACAAAUUUGUUGACAAAUGUCAAUACUUUGAUUUUUAUUCUCUGCACUGUUGCACUCUCCAAAUGGCUCCUUGAUUUUUUAAAUUAACUUGUUACACACAUUAUUGUCACUUUUUUAUUUGGAAGGUAACCUGCUGUUGGACUUAAUAAAUUUGUUUACUUGACUACUGACAAUUCUGCAAAAAACAAAAACAAAAAACCAACCCCCAAACAAACAACCAAAAAACAGUGACUUCAUUCUGGGGUGAGCUCUACUCACCAGGAGCCUCUUCGACCAACAUACUGGAUGGCAAAUCCUGUGCUUUGUAAAAUAAUCCAGAUGGUACAGGAUCCCCAGCUACAAACAUGGAUUGUUGACCUCCCACUCACCAAGCUUAAUGGCUUUUGGAGUCCCAGGACUUGUAGGCAAGAAGCAAAUGAGUCCUCACAGGGCCACUACCUAAACAGUCUUACCUUCGCAACUGACGUCGAUUCCCUCGAAGAAUAAAAAGUGAACACUGUUCUAAAUGGUUGGCUCCUACAUCUAUUAGGUUGGCA